AUGGGCCGCCUCCUCCAGGUCGCACACUACCCUCUAUCGCAACAGUAUCAAUACGUCCUCUUCCUUCGCAAUCAGCUCGUACCCUUUUUAGGCCCGUACCCGCAUCAAUGGCGGAGCCUGCUAACCAUCACGGGCCACCCGUUCGAGAUGAGCCUCAAUUUCCAGGGCAAGGGCUCCGCGUCGACGUCGACCGUGCGUCUCACCAUGGAACCCAUUGGUCCGAUGACAGACACGGCCCAUGACCGCUUCAACCAAGUGGCGGCCGCGCAGAUCUCCGCCCAGAUGGCAGCACAGGGGCUGGGGGCCUUUGAUAUGGAGUUGCAUCGGCAGAUCAUGGGCUACUUCGCCAUCUCCGGCGAGGAGGAGCAACGGCUCGUGCGCGACUACGCAUUCACGCCCCACUCGGUGCAAGGCACCUACUGCAUGGGGUUUGAUUUCCUGUCGGCCGGCACGAUUGCAGCCAAGGGCUAUGCUUUCCUGGGCGUCCGGUGGAAACUCGCACCGGAGGCUCUGGGAGCAACCGUUCUUGAGUGUCUGGAACGCAUGCACGCGCGGACCGGAACCGGAAAUGUGGCUGCGGCGCGGAUGGCGGUCGAAUAUAUGGAGGUCGGCAAGCAUUUCACGGAGUUCAACUUUUUAGGGUGGGAUUAUACCGAUGCGGCGACGUCGAGGUUGAAGCUCUACGGGCUCUGUGGCGGCGAGGAGCCUCCUAGUCUGGAGAAGGCGGAGCAUGUGUGGACGCUGGGCGGGAAGGCGCAGGGGGAAUCGUGGUGCGAGAAGGGUCUGGAGCUGCUGCGUCGGCUGUGGGCGUACCUGGAGGAAGAUGACGAGGCGGGGAUUUGCUGCUGUGGGCGCCAUCUGGCUAGGGAUUCGGAAGAGGAGCAGGAAACCCACCGGCGGGAUUGUUUGGCCAGGCAGCUCCUCGUUCUGGCGUGGAAUUAUGAGACCCAUCCGGAUUGCGAGACCCCUCUCCCCAAGAUGUACCUGUCGUUGCAUCGCAAGAACGACUUGUUUGCGGCCAAGGCUCUGGCCCGGUUUUUCCGGUCACUCGGUUGGGAGGGUAAGGCAAACACUUACGUCGAUGACCUGCAGUAUGUCUUUGCGCAUGAGGAUCUGAGCCAAACCACUCGGAUCCACAGCAUCGCGUCUUUCGCGUACACGGAGGAGAAAGGGGCUUAUGUGAGCAUGUACUAUCAUUCCUCUCGCUAG